AUGAGUUCCUUCAAUCAAGCAGAGCCAACCCAAGAUGACUUGCAGGCCAAGCUACCACCACCGGCCAUGGUUCAGAACAAAAUCCCAGCCACUGUCCAAAUCACUGCCGAGCAAAUUCUCCAUGAGGCACGUGAGCUCCAGCUUCUCCAUAAUGAACUAGUGGAGGGUGCUAGGGCAAUUUGCGAGCGAUCUGUACAAUGUCUACCAAAUCAAAUCCAGGCUUGGAUUCAAUAUGCCAAGUUUGAGACUAGUAAUGGUGAGGUUGCGAGAGCAAGGGAGGUGUAUGAGAGGGCACUGGAGAAGGUAGACCUAGCUGAUUUUAAUGAGGCAGCAGAGCAGUUGCUGGUGGCUUUUGCCGAAUUCGAAGAGCAGGGCAAAGAAAUCUUGCGUGCAAUGUGUAUCUACAAGUUCGCUCUUGAUCAUAUACCAAAAGGACGGGGCAUGGAUUUAUAUAGCAAAUUUGUACUUUUUAGGAAGCGUCAUGGGGUCAGACUAGGGAUUGAAGAUGCCCUUGAGAGAAAGAUGAUGCCUCUGGAGAUCAAGAUAAUAUUAGCUGCCUACAGGUGGAAGAAGGAACAAGUUUCUUCUCACGACAUUGGAAGUGGCCUACAGGAGGAAAGAGGAACAAGUUUAUUCACAAGAUUUUGA